GCUCUUGUGGUUAAAAGUUGAACAAAAGAACGCUUUAAAGAUCACGUUGGUAACGAAUCUUUGUCUUUGAUUGGAUAAACUUUGUUUCUAUCUGCCUAAAAUGUAUAUAAUACUCUGAGCCACUCUUCCAGGGUGUGGCUAUUCCCUACAUGCAUUUGUUUGUAUGUUUUGGAUGUAGUUUUGUCACCCAGUUUUUACGAUGGCCAUAAAUAAAAGCUGAUACUUUUUGCAAGCCUCGUUUGGAGUCUCCAUUCUCUUUGGCAUCUCAGUGGCCCGGGAAAAACUGCUGGAACCUUACACAAGCAAGCAGGAAAUACAAGCAGGAAGAGGGUUAGAGCAACACACAUGCUUUUAAAAGUGAAACUACUCUUUACAUCCGGUAUGAAAAUCCAGUAAACAGACCUUUUCAACCAUUUAGCAGCAUUGGAUUAUGCCUGUACAUGUUCACCACAGAGUGAUAUAAUCCAUCAUAACGGAAAUGAAUAACACUGUAAAAGAAGAACUUUACAAUGCAUUGAAUGAACUCCUUGUGAAAGAAUUAAAAGAAUUUAAAUGGAGGCUAAAUUCUAUUGAUUAUAAUGCAAAGCCAAACAUUUCUAAAGCUUCACUGGAGAAAGCAGAUGCACAAGACAUUGUAGAUCUCAUGAUUCAACAUUAUGGAGAAGAUGCUCUAGAGGUGUGCAUUGAUGUCCUUCGAAAAUGCAAUAGAAAUGAUCUUGCAGAAAAACUUGAAGAAACUGGACAGAAAGAUGUUGAUGCUCACCAACUUCCAGAUUUAUCAGAAUUCAGAAACUACAUUAAAAACAAAUUUGAAACAAUGAAAGAUCCUAAUGCUGUUCCUGGUGAAUAUGUGCUCUUGAAUGAGAGAUACUCAAAGCUAAUGAUCCUAGAUUAUCACCCAUCUAAAGAGGAGAGAGAACAUGAAAUUCUGGCUAUGGGAAGGAAACAUUAUGCGUCUUCAACCAGCAUUGAAACAUUAUUUAACCCUGAUAAACAUGGAUUAAUUCCACAAGUUGUUGUACUACAAGGAGCUGCAGGAAUUGGAAAAACCAUAAUGGUCAAAAAAAUCAUGUUUGAUUGGGCUUCUCAACAUCUUUACCAGGACAAAUUUGAUUAUGUUUUCUAUAUUUGCUGUAGAAAGAUGAAUCUCCAUGCAGAGACAGAGGAGAGUAGCAUUGCAGAUAUAAUUUCAGAAGGAUGGCGCAAGGGUCACUCAUUGAAAAAUGUCAUUCAAAACAUACUGAAGAAUGAAGAAAAGCUUCUGUUCAUAAUUGAUGGGUUUGAUGAAUUAAGGCAUUCCUUUGAUCAGUCCAAAGAUUCCUUUUGCUUUGAUCCCUGGGAGAAGAAGCCGGUGAGAAUUCUUUUGAGCAGUUUAUUUCAAAAAAAGCUUUUUCCUAAAUCCUCUCUCAUAAUCACAACAAGACCAACUGCUUUGGAGAAACUCCAUCAAUGUUUAGAGCGCCCAGGUUAUUUUGAGAUACUGGGAUUUUCUACAGAGGAAAGAGAAGAAUAUUUCUACAAUUUUUUUGAAAAUAAAGACCAAGCAACUCAAGUUCUCAGAUUUGUUGAACAAAAUGAUACACUUUUCACCAUGUGUGUCAUUCCCCUUGUGAGCUGGAUCAUCUGCACAGUGAUGAAACAGGAGAUGGAGAGAGGCAAAGAUCUUCAGAAGACAUCAUAUACUCUCACUGCAAUCUAUAUGCUGUAUCUCUCCAGUUUGUUAAAAUAUCACCAUAAAGAAUCCAAACAGGAUGUCCAAACCAAUGUGAAAGGCUUAUGCUCUUUGGCUGAAGAAGGAAUCAGGAAACAGCAAAUACUAUUUAUGGAGGAAGAAGUCAAGAAGCACAUUUUAGAUCAGGGAAACUCCCUCCCCCUUUUUCUGAAUCAGAGCAUCUUCAAAGAGGACAUUGAUUGUAUUCAAACCUACAGCUUCAUUCAUUUAAGCUUCCAGGAGUUUUUUGCUGCUCUGUUUUAUGUCCUAGAAGAAGGAGAUGAGCAGCAUUCUCAAAAUCUGAAUAAAAAUUUGCAGACAUUAUUACAAACACAUAGAUCUUUUAGUACUAAUUUUGCAGUAGUAUUUCGCUUCCUCCUUGGUUUUUUAAAUGAAGGGGAAAAAAUGAGGCAGUUGAAAAAAAAACUUGGAUGGAAAAUUUUUCCUAAGUAUAAAGAAUCCAUGUUAGACUGGGUGAAAAAUAAUCUAAAAGAGGAGGGAAAGCAAUUUCAUAAAGAAAUGUUUAGUUAUUUGUAUGAGACACAAGAUGAUAAUUUUAUAAAAAACGCAGUAUGUGAUAUCACUGAAAUAAAUGUUUCCUGCAUGUCUGAAAUGGAAUUGAUGAACCUCAGCUAUUGUAUACAACACUGCCAGAAUUUAAAGGGUCUCAGGAUUGAGAUUCCUGAAAUAUUAUUUCUUUUCUUUUCUGAAACAAAAAUGUCAUUCCUUUUUAGUGAUGAAAGUUUCGAUGAAAGAAAUGUGGAAGACUUCUUUGAAGCACUGAUGAAACUGAGAAACUUAGAAGUCCUGCGUUUGGAAGAAUGCUCCCUCAAAGAGUCCUGCGGCAGGCAUCUUGCUGAAGUCUUCAAGAACAAUCAUAGAUUGAAAGUGUUAUAUUUGUGGCCUGAUGUCAUAGAUGCCAGAACAACAAAAUUGCUGUGUGAGGGGCUCCAGGAUCCACACUGCAAAAUAGAAAUACUAGACCUUGAUGGAGAGAUUCUGACUGAAUCUUGCAGCAGGUAUGUUACAGAAGUACUCAGCCAAAACCAGAGAUUGAGAAAAUUAGACUUGGCGAUGGAGAACCCAGAUGACAAAGCAGUGGAACUAUUGUGUGAUGGGCUCAACAUCCCAAUGCACAAUAGAGACAUUAACAAAAUGCGGUAUUGA